AUGGAAUGUGGAUAUUCGAAUGAAGGGAAAUUCCACCAAGUUGUUCUGACCAUAAAGGAGAAAAUUGAAAAGCACGAUUUAAGCAAAUGGAAGGACAUUGUCAAGCCUGAAGAGGGUCCAAAAUAUGAUGAAUAUUUUGAGCGUCUGCUGAGGGAGGGCAAUCAAGAAAAGGACAAGAACGGGAAGGACACGGAGGGGAAGGACACACACGAAAAGAAUACCCACGAUGAGGGCGUCCACGGGAAGGAUGAUCUAUCCGCUGAACAGGUGGAAAAAACCCCCUCACAUGAAUACCAACAAACCGAGGACGAAGAGAACCCAAAGAAGUUUCAGCUGAACAAAGAAUUCUUCGAUAAGAUAAACAAUAAGGAAAAAUUUUACUUCCUACUGAACAUAAAAGAAAUGAUGGAAACGAGUUGGUUAUUGGCACAGAAAAGGUUGGAGGGAAUUAAAGUAGAGGAAAAAUCCAAAUCGGUUAAUGUCCAGGAUUUAUUAAAUUACUCGCAAAAAAUUGCAGACACGACAUGUGCCCCACCAGAGUGCGACAAUAUAAACGACAGAAUAAUGCAUCAAGAAUAUUACCCCAAUUAUCAUUUUUUAAAUUUUGUAAAUGUAGAAGAAAUACAUUUGUCCAAACUAUUUCAGCUACAAAAAUAUAGUACCGUUUGCUUUCCUCCAAUUAUCACCAUACAGGAGGGUAAGGACAACAUGCUCGUUCUUCAUAUAAGCUGUUCUACUCCACACGCCACCAUUUAUUACAAAGUUAAUGAUGAGACGAAUGAACAGAUAUAUAAUACAGAUGAGAAGCCGAAAAUUAGGAAAAGAAAAAAGAUCAAUGUUUAUGCCUGGUCAGUUAAAAAUGGACAUAUAAAGUCAAGAAUUUCGUGCAUUUCGAAAUCUUAUAAAGUCGAGGAAGAUGAUUCGUUUUCCCUGUCGGAUAAUUUUCCAAAUAAAGACCAGGGCGAACAACCAUCAGGCUUUUCCAAAACGGGUACGGAGUGUAAUGCCCCUGGUAGUAAGCCAUCUCAAAUUACAAAUGUCUUUAAAAAUUUGGGCUUCCUACUUAGCCGAAAAAAGGAAAAAACAGAGGAAUCCUCAUCAAAUGGGGAUUCAUCGAGUGAGGCGUAG